UCUCUCUCUCUCUUUUGUUUCCUCUAAGCAGGGUUAAGGUGAACUCCUAAGCAAUUGCGGAGUGAGGCCCCACCUCUCCCAGGCUGGUGAGCAGGCUCAGGUUACUCUGUGCUGCUGCUGCUUCUCAGGAGCCCACGGUGAACUUCACUGCUGCCCUCAGCCCCAGCCUGCCAGAGCCUGGCUAAACAACCCCCUGGGCAGAGCUCACACCUGAUUGCAGCGAGGUUUGCCGGCAAACACCGCGUCCAGGAUGGACUAGCACCGCUCGAGAAGAGAUUCUGCAGCCAAAUUAAUGCAAACAGCAGCUGAGCAGCGCUAUGGUCCUGUCCUUUUUAUCAAAGCCGGGGAAAUCCGUGUCCUCCCUGGAGGAGCCGUCAGGGGCAGGGCUCUGGCAGCGAUGGCUCUGACCUCACCUGCUUCUGCAAAUGAGUCACGGAGCGCUAUAAAAAGCACGGACCUGCCGAGUCUGGGUUCUUGGAACUGAGUGGCAAUUUCAGCAGGCAGCUGCUCUUUCGUGAGUUUGUGAUUUUCCUCUGCAGGUUUUUGGAGAGGGCCUGGAAUCACAGGAACUUUGCAGCAUCAAGGACCUGUUGCUCCCUUUGGAUAACCUCAGUGGAAAUUGCUGUUUGGUCCAGAUGUGAUUCUGAUCUUCCAUGGGGAUCUUGGUGAAGCCUGGAGGGAGCCUCGGGAACGUAACUGAGCAGGUGUGUAAAUCUUUCUGGAUCGGCGAUUGAAUCCUAUCAAAAAUCAGGAGCAGAACCUCAAAAAUCAGAUUAGCUCUCCUGUGCACCACCUGAACAGAGAUUCUUUUCUAUGUCUGAUGCUGUUAAAAGAUUUAUGCUUUCUAGCUUUUCUCUGGAGUCACAUAAGGCAAAAACUUAUUUGAAAGAGCAAUCAGUGAAAGCAGAUUCUCGUGGAACAGCCCGGUUUUAGGAGGGGAAGUAGCUCAUUACAGCAAUCCCGACUGUGCUAGCAGAGUGGCGUGAGGACUUUGCCUACCUGCAAGCCUUGCCCAUAGGGACCGUCCCCUGCGCUGAGCGACAGCCACGUGUAAAUUGUCAGAGUGGGGAGGAAUGCGGUGCCAGAUGGAAACAACAUAAACAGCUGGCAGAUUUCAUCCGGGAUUUCAAGCGAAGACGGGGGACUUUUGUUCUCGUAGACCAGUCGUUCCAAAGGUGCUUUAGCUACAUCUACUUCUUCGGAGAAGGAUGUUGCUUUGGAGUCGUGUGAUUUGUCCCGUUGGGCAGCUGCCUUGUGGGUGCCUCUGGAGAGAUGCCAGCCAGCUGAAUUAAGCAGUGGCAGGGACAGCAUCUACCCAGGUGAAGUUUUGAAGCCAGGCACGUGGCAUUUGCACAAGUGAUCACUGACUGCGGGAUCUGCUGUUGUUCAGCCCAUUUUCUUCCAGGAAACAAUUGCUGAGUUACGUCGUUUCUCCCAGUGAGUGACAGUGAGGAUGAAUGGACACAUAUCAAACACCCCUCCCGGUGGAUAUGGAAGUUACUUCCCUCAAAUGAAUGGCUAUGGCUCCCCAACGUUUGCUCAGGCAGAGAGGGAGCAGAAUUCAAGAACAAGUGCAAAAGCUCUCUAUGAACAAAGAAAGAAUUAUGCACGAGACAGUGUCAGCAGCAUAUCUGAAACGUCACAGUACCAUGUGGAGCACUUGACCACCUUUGUUCUGGACCGAAAAGAGGCAAUGAUUACAGUGGAUGAUGGAAUAAGGAAGCUGAAAUUGCUGGAUGCCAAAGGCAAAGUGUGGACUCAGGACAUGAUUCUUCAAGUGGAUGACAAAGCUGUCAGUUUGGUGGACUUGGAAUCAAAGAAUGAACUGGAGAAUUUUCCUUUAAGCACAAUUCAGCAUUGCCAAGCUGUGAUGAAUGCAUGCAACUACAAUUCAAUUCUUGCAUUAAUAUGUAAAGAACCAACCCAAAACAAGCCUGAUUUACAUCUUUUCCAGUGUGAUGAAAUUAAGGCUACCCUUAUUCAUGACGAUAUUGAAAGUGCAAUCAGUGACAGUAAAAGUGGGAAACAAAAGAAGAGGCUUGAGACACUGAGGAUGAUCUCCAAGGCUGACGGGGCCAUCCCGCCGCCGCCGCGGGCACCGGCCCCGGGGCCCCCCGGCACCCUCACACAGGUGGACGUGCGGAGCCGCGUGGCUGCGUGGUCGGCAUGGGCCUCGGAGCAGGGCGACUAUGAAAAGCACAGACAAUACCACGAGCAGGAAGAAACAGCAGAGAUGAUAGCAGCCAGGAUUGACAGAGAUGUUCAAAUUCUGAACCAUAUUUUGGAUGACAUAGAGUAUUUUGUUACCAAACUGCAAAAAGCCGCUGAAGCUUUUGCUGAACUUUCAAAGAGGAAGAAAACUAAAAAAAACAAAAAGAAAGGACCUGGAGAGGGUGUUCUUACUCUCCGUGCAAAGCCACCACCUCCAGAUGAAUUUGUUGACUGCUUCCAAAAAUUCAAGCAUGGCUUCAAUCUUCUGGCCAAGUUGAAGUUCCACAUCCAAAAUCCCAGUGCAGCUGAUCUGGUUCAUUUUCUCUUUACCCCACUACAUAUGGUGGUGCAGACAACAGGAGGUCCAGAGCUUGCCAGCACAGUGCUCAGCCCCCUCCUGACAAAAGACACCGUGGACUUCCUGCGCUACACCGUCACCAGCGAGGAGGGACAGCUCUGGAUGUCCCUGGGAGACUCGUGGACCAAAGCCAGAGCUGAAUGGCCAAAAGACCAUUUUAUUCCUCCUUAUGUCCCCCGCUUCCGAAAUGGUUGGGAGCCCCCCCUGCUGAACUUCAUGGGAGCCCCAAAGGAGCAGGAGCUCAACCACUUGGCCGAGUCUGUGGCAAACGUGGCAGAGCAGCAGCGGAAGCAGGAGAUGAAAAGACUGUCAAGCGAGCCUCCCGGCGUGCCCGACUACCCCCCGGCGGAUGGGUAUGCAUUCAGUAACACGGCCUACAAGAGAGGGCCUCUGCUGGACCAGGGGGCAGCUGUGGCUGCCUUUAAGCAAACUGUUAGCCGACAUGUAGAUAGAAACUAUGAAGCACACAAUAAAGCACAGAGCAAGAAAUAUGCCAAAUGCAAGUACGAAUUCGUGGCAAGAAACAACAGUGAGCUUUCUGUCAUGAAAGAAGAGAUUGUGGAGAUUCUGGACGACAGAAAGCAGUGGUGGAAGGUUCAGAACAAAAGUGGCAGCACGGGCUUUGUGCCAAACAACAUUUUGGACCCUCUGAGGAACGUGGAAGGCGCUCAGGGAUGGCCAGAGCCUGCCUACACCCGCACCAUCCAGAAACAGAGGACGGACUACGUGGCGAAGCAACCUGACGCGGCUCCCGCGACGCCCUCACCUCCGCCCACGCCCGCCCCUGUCCCCGUGGCUGUCCCCGUGGCUGUCCCCGUGGCUGUCCCCCUGCCUCCCAGUGCCCCAGCUCCCAUCCCAGUGCCCGUGCCCAAGGCUCCGGCCGCCGUCAGCCGCCAGAGCAGCACCUCCAGCGACAGCGGCGGCAGCGUGGCCCGCGACGCCCAGCGGCAGAAGCAGAUUCCUGUGGACCGCAGGAAAUCCCAGAUGGAGGAGGUGCAGGACGAGCUCGUUCACCGCCUCACCAUCGGCAGGAGCGCUGCCCAGAGGAAAUUCCACGUGCCCCGGCCCAACAUCCCGGUGGUGAAUAUCACCUACGACUCCUCGCCCGAGGACGUCAAAGCCUGGCUGCAGUCCAAGGGCUUCAACCCCGUGACUGUGAACAGCCUCGGGGUGCUGACGGGGGCUCAGCUCUUCUCCCUCAACAAGGAGGAGCUGAGGACUGUCUGCCCAGAAGGGUCCAGAGUCUACAGCCAAAUCACGGUACAGAAAUCUGCCUUGGAGGCUAACAGUGGUAGUUCAGAACUGCAAGAAAUUAUGAGAAGACGGCAAGAAAAAAUCAGUGCAGCUGCCACAGAUUCAGGUGUGGAGUCCUUUGAUGAAGGAAGCAGUCACUAAAUAUAUUUCCUCUUUUCUUUAUCUCCAUUGUCCAUAGCAUUAAACCAUCCAGCUUUGCUUUAGGAAGCAGUGAAGGGGAAUGUCUUAUUGUAUUGUAAAGGUAACUAGCCAACAUAAAGAAAAUUUACAGUAGGCUCCACAGAGGUACCUGCUGCUGGCUCCUCACCAUGAAAAAUGAACAGAAAUUCAGUGGAGGUUCCUGACAGGUGAAAAUAUUGGUCCAUGAUUCAUUUACACCCAGAGAUGAGUCCUGGCUUUAUGGAAUUAACAUGACGGAUAAAUUGGAGCGUGUCUUUGCUGGUGAUUCAUCUGAGGGAAGCUGAGCCAGCAAUAAAAAAGCGUUUGAACCCUUCAGUAAUAAUAAUAUUCUGAGUCCCAUCUCUUGCAGUAGUGAGCAGUUGUGUCUCUUUUGGCUCAGUCUUUCUUGGCUGCAGGAUGUUUACUGCAGUUGUCGACUCCAGCACAUGUAGAGGAAAUGUUUAGGGAAUGAACAGCAGCCCAACACAGACUGAAUCUUUCCUGCAUCACUCCCAAGAUGUUUUAUUACUAAUGAUGCUGUUUCUAGAAAAAUAAUGUUCUAUACAUUGAUUUUAUCCGUAUUUCACCUGUGAUGAACUAUAAUAUUGCACAAGAAGGAGUAACUAGAGAAUAGUAACACAACCCAGCUCAAUGAGAUGAGAUCUGCUGUAGCCAUGCAACAACUCACAGUACUUUUUUUUUAUAUAAUUGCAUUUUUUUUGUCUGUAACUUAACCCAUCCAAAGGAACGGUGUAUCAUCUAGACUUCUCUGUGUGUUGAUCCCAGGUAUCAGUUUUUCCUCAUGCAAAAAAGCCUUUGUAAUUUCCUUUAUAAAUGUAAUCUCUUGGAAAAGUGUGUUCCUGAAGGCAAAACAGGGAAAAAAAAAAAGAAAAGAGAAAUGUCCCUUGCAGAAAAUGUUAUUUUUGGAGAUGCAAUGAUUUUUGUCACAAAAUGUUCUGUUUUACAUGGUCAUGUGAUUUUAUAUAUAAUAUAUGUAUUAUAUAUAAUAUAUAAUAUCACUUAAUUUAGACAAAUUUAAUCAUCUAGUUUGAUUAAGUUUCAUAGUGCCUUUUUCACAUGAAUCAGCUUAAAGUCUGCAAUAAACAUUAUUUCUUGUCUGUUAAAAUUGUUGUAUCUUUGUGGCUACAAAGACAGUACUGAAAUAAGAAAGUAACUUUGAUUUUUGCCAUUAGUUUGCUUUUCCUCUGCAUACAAGGGAAAAAAAAUCUAUUCAUUUUUUCACAAAUGAAAAAUUAAAAUCUUAAUAAAGGUGUUAGUGCCAUUUA